AUGAUCACAAUGCUGAAUGAGAAGUCGCGCCGUGGACGAGGGCACGUGUUGCUAUGGAUCUUGGCAUGGACUUCCGCAGUUGUUGCCUUUACUGGUAGCACGACCAAAGCAAGGAAUGUGCCACCAACAGCAUCAUUGCGUGAGUCCGAAGCUGCAGCUUUCGGCGGAGCAGUGCAGGCUUCAGCUGCUCCACCUGUCCCAGAUAAUCUGACAAAGAGAGAGAGGAUCGAAUUCAUGUUGUGGAGAGCAUGGCACUCCAUGGGAAACCCGCGUCCCCGAUCCAAAGAAGUGAGGGAAUGCAUCGCCUUCUUUCGUGGAUGUCAGCGUCAGCUUGGCCACAAGAAGCUUCUUGUGGAUGCAGCUGGAGGACAUGGUGGCAUCGCGUGUGUUUUCCUCGCACACAAGAGAGCUGAUCGAGCGAUCGUGGUCGAUUUGUACCAGCCGACGAGCUUUGAGAACCUGCGCUUGGCAUGGGCCGAAGGGAGCGAUGCCUCAGUGAAGUACCACAUCGCGGACGUUUCGAGUCCGGACUGGCUGUCAUCACUUCUGGACAAAGAAGCCGGAGACCUGCAGCCCAGUGAGAUCGCCGUGGUUUCCUGCCACGCAUGCAGUUUGCUGUCAGAUGAGCUGAUUCGUGCAUGCACCCAAAGUCAAGUGGAUUUCGCUCUCAUGCCAUGCUGCCAUGGCGAAGAUAGUCGCAAGGGCAAGAUGAUGUUGAACACUGCAAAGAUGCUCGGCAUACCGCACGACAUGCUGAUAGACAUAUCCCGCCUCGGGAUAAUUGAAGAAAGCUCUGGUUACAAAGCAUCGAUGAGAUGCAUUGACUCCAGCAUUACACCACAAAAUCGAAUACUUCUUGGCCUUCGAGAAUCAGAAGCAGAUGCCGAAAAGCGUGAGUUGGCGCGCUCGGCGUCGCUAUACCGAUUGGCCAGAAAGUAUCGACACAUCGGCAUCCCUCUCGGAAAAGGAGCCGGUAGUAUGACGGUUGUCCAGGGUGUGCAGUUGAGGUGUUGUGGUGUCAGAGACCAAUACCGAGUAAGCUGGUGCGUUUGUGCAUUCUAG